AUAUUUUGUCUCUCUGUUCUUCUAUCAUUGUGUCAUGGAGACCAGACCUGAAUCUUUGGACACAUCAUUACUGUUUUGUUUUUGUUCUUGCUUUUUCUUUUCCUUUCUUUUUUUCUUUUCCCUUUUACUUCUUUGCCUGAUUGAGAUGCAGCACGGUUGUUUGCAUGGUGCUCUCAUCUGUACACCCAGACGCCUAGAAGAAACAGGUAUCAAAAUGGCCACACUCUUUCGAAUGGGGAAGCGACCUAAUUCCCUUUCCAGUUUUAGGGGCUUCGGUAGGGGAAGACUUUGUUCUCUCUGAAAACUGCCUGCCAGCAGUCGACUUUCAUCGAAAUGACAAGAUACGAACAUCAGGGAAAAAAAGAACGAACGAAAAAAAAAAAAAAAGCCCUCUCACCCUUCCUGGUUCCUUUUUCAAUACUUAGGGGAUGGACCGGAUGUCUUG